CACACACACAGAAAAAGUACUGGCAGUCAAACACAACUGAAGAUGAUCCACACUCACCUCUGGACCUUCAUGUGCCUUUGGACAAUAGCAUCUACCAUGACCAUCCUCUAUCCCAGUAUCGGCAGUUCCGAGACGCUGAACUGCAAAUGCCCAGACCACCAGUGCCAGAGGGUCUUCUGGUACCGUAUACUGCACAGCAAUGACACCCCACAGUUCCUGGUGUUCUGCAACAGUGCUAACACCGUGAGCUACGGACCAGGCAUCAGCGCCACCCGCUUCAAGACCAACACCGAUGAGAGAUCCGAGAUCACGUAUUCGCUGCGGAUCACCGGCCUGCAGAAGGAUGAUGCAGGAUUCUACUCCUGCCUGCUUAAUAGUCAGAAGCAAAGGGAUUUCAAAGAGUUGUUUCCACCAGGAUAUUACCUCAGGCCUGGAGAGCAUCCACCCACUUUGGCCCCAACAGUCAAAACUCCAAAGCCGACGAAGCCCCGUCUCUGCAGAUCGAACUAUCAGCCUCCCAAAGGUUGCAAGCCCUUGGUUCUUUGGCCGAGUGUUGGUGUUCUGCUUGCUCUAGCUGUGGCCUUAAUCUCCACACUGUAUUACUUUAGUAGACUACCAAAGAAGUGCCGACACCAUUUUGCUAAAAAGAUACAGCUGCAAUGAAACAGGCGGAGUGGCCCUCCUCUUCUGAUUACAAACCAGCAGCUUUCUAUAGUUGACCCCAGCCAUACUCAUUUUGCACCUUGAAUUGGAAACGUUUGGAAAAGAACCCUCUGGACAUACAGAUCUCUUCAGUGUUAAUGCUCUGUAAAACAAGACGUGCUUUUUCAAUUAUCAGAUGGUUGUAAUUAUGCUCAACUCAUCUUCCAUCCCUGCAUCCAUUUACAUAAUAAAAUAGCAGAAAUGUCAGUUCUAGUGUGCAAAUAUUCUGUAUCACAUGCUUUCAAUUAAAGAACAGCACAUUGUAUUUGUAAAUGAAUGUACAGGUUAUAUACAAUGAAAUGCAAA